UAUUAUUAUUAUUAUUAUUAUUAUUGGUUUUAUUAAUUUCUUUAUUUAAUUUAACUGUAACAUUUCCAAAUUGGAGGAUAUGCACUUUUCACUGGGAAUGAAAGGAGGGUGGUGAUUGGUGGUGUGACAGACAAAAACAAAACAAAACAAAAAAAUCAAAACAAAACAAAACAAAACAAAACAAAAGGUAACAAAUAGGUGUAUUGUGUCACAUUGAUCUUUUCAAAUCUUAUGUGAAAUAGGUACUAGCUUCUGGCUAUCUUUAACACCCCCAAAAUCUAAAUUAAACAUUGCUGAAAAUCAAUAAUGGCAUUGGUCAUUGGUCUGUUGUUGCUGAAAACUUGCAGUUUUUUGCUGUACACUUCAAGACUCCUUUUUAGAUUUGUUAAGGCAAUUUGAGAUUGCUACAAAUAAGUCUUUUAGGAUGCGGACACUCUACAACUUUCACCCUCAGCCCAUAGGAUUAGGUUUGUUUUGGCCUAAAAAUCAAAUUUGAUGGAAGGAAAAAAAUCACUAUGAAGCAAAGCAGCUCAAAAGUGUGGUGAGUCAACAUAAUGUCCAGUGCUGUAAAACAAUAUAUCUUGUGCCCCACUAAAACAUAUUUUUCACUCUUCCUGUUUUUUACUAAGCUAUAAUGUAACAUACUCAUUGAUGAAUGACUCACCAUCUUCCAACAUACAGUAACUCAUACCUGCCAGGCUGUAUGGACUUUAAUAUGAAAUGAUGCACUGGAUAUGUUAAAUGCAGGUUUUAAGAACACAACAUCUGUGCUGGUAUUCACACUCAAUCAGUAUAAAUAAUGUAGUGCCUUGCCUUUUAAUCAUUUAUACACAUACACAACCUACUGCGAAAAAGGCAGGUUAUCAAAAGAGAAAUGCAACAUAUCAUCUUAGCUCUGUGUGUAAGCGGCUCUGUUGUUGAUUAAGGCGAGCAAUACAUGAUUUUUUUUUUUCGGAAUACAACCUUUUUAUUUCCAAAUCCUGCAAAGUUAACAAAAUCAUUCAAGCAUUUUUGCACAGUUUAAAAUGAGUUUUCAUUUGUCCCACGGUCGAUGAAGGCAACACCCUAUCGCAGCAUCGGCGGACCUCAGGUGUCUGCUGGGCGGCCGCGCAGCGGAGCCAAUGGAGGAGAUAUAACACGGCGGCAUGGCGGACAGAGAGAAGCGGAAAGCCAGCACGCCGUCUGGCCGCAACAUCCAGGUGAAGUCUCCGGCUAGCUUCAGGUUGACCCAUGACAUUAGCCUGGAUGAGUUUGAAGAUGACGACCUGUCGGAGAUUACGGAGAUCACAGACGAGUGCGGGAUGAGCCUCAACUGCAAUGGCCCAGAUAUAAAGGGCCAUGUGAGGCGAGGAACCAAUAGCAUGUCGGGGAGGGCCGAGCUGGGCGCCGUCGGCCAGUUUCAGGCAGAGAUGCUGCAUUUGGAACUCAUCGACGGUGCUGACGGUUACCGUGGUGACAAAGAGUCCUCGAAGGCGUCUGCCAUCGCACCACCGCCAGUCAUCAAGGACCCCGCGGCACCUAGCACCAUGGAUACCUACCGGCCCAAGAGACCCACGACCCUUAACCUCUUCCCGAUUGUGCCGCGCACACAGGACACGCUAAACAACAACUCCUUUGGGAAGAAAUACAGCUGGCAGGAGAAGGUGUCAGGCUCCUCGUCGCCUCUUAAAACAGGUGAGCUCACCCCUCCGCGUGAGCACAGCUGCCUGAGCGACGAGGACAAGGUGCACGGCGGGGGGGCGCAGACCAAGGACCGCGGGACCUCCACCGACGCCCCCUGCAGGCACAGCCACACCUCCGGGCACUCGCACGGCUCAUCCACGGCGGCUGCGACGCGCUCUAAGCUUCAGGAAAAGCCGCCCGCGCCGCCGCCACCGCAGAACUAUACACCGGCUCCUCUUUACCCGGCGGGCAAGGCGGAUGGAGGCGGAAACCAACGGGAGAGGAUCCGCUACCACACGGACGUCCAUCUAGAGCCCACAGAGGAGAUCUACCUGACUCCGGUGCAGCGUUCGGCCGACCCCCUUGAGGCCCCAAGCGCACAGGACCGGCCUUUCCUCUCGCAGCAGACUGAGCAGGGCCGCAUGUCCAUCAGCUCCGACACAGAGGGCCCGCCUCCUUACCAGCCCCUCCCAGACCGGACAAACCCAUCCAUCUACGAGGAGGACGAGGUCUAUGUCCCCCCACCUUCAUAUGCUUCCUGUGUAGAGUCCCUCAUAACGCCGCCCAGCAUGGCUCUCUCGGCUCGCUCUUCCCUUGCGUUGGAUCUUAGCCUGAAGGGCGAGGGCACGGGGGCCGGGGUCAUGCUGAGAGCCGGAUCAUCGGUUGAGUACGUGGACGCCACGGACGAAAGCUACUGCGGGGAGGACGAGGAUGUGGACAGGAUAAUAAUGGACGGAAGGAUGAGGAAGGGGGGAGGAAAGGGGGACGGCGGUGGCAGCAGAGUUCCACCAAGGACUUCCAUGAGCUCGGAGGCCAGCGGCCUCUCGUAUGACUCAGUCAAAUACACGCUAGUGGUGGACGAGCACGCUCAGCUAGAACUGGUCAGUCUGCGGCAGUGUUACCAAGGCUACAGUGACGACAGCGACUCGGCCACCGUCUACGACAACUGCGUCUCUUCCCCCUACGAGUCGGCCAUCGGGGAGGAGUACGAGGAGGAAGAUGAGGAGGAGGACGAGGACGGCGCUCGGAUGGGAGGAGUGAGGAGAGAGGCCACUGCCUGUCUGUCCGAAGACUCCACUCCGGAGGUCGACCUGCACUUCUCCAAGAAGUUCCUCAACGUCUUCAUGAAUGGACGCUCUCGCUCCUCCAGCGCAGAGUCCUUCGGCCUUUACUCUUGCAUCAUAAAUGGGGAAGAGAAGGACCAGAGCCACCGAGCCGUCUACAGGUUUGUCCCCCGACAUGACGACGAGCUGGAGCUGGAGGUGGAUGAUCCGCUGCUGGUGGAGGUCCAGUCAGAGGAUUACUGGUACGAGGGCUACAACAUGCGAACUGGCGCCCGUGGAAUCUUCCCAGCCUACUACGCCACAGAGGUGACCAAGGACCCCGAGAGCUACAAAGUGAAGAGCAGUGAGUGGGUGGACAGGUACCGGCUGAAGUUCCUGGGCUCGGUCCAGGUGCCCUACCACAAAGGAAACGAUGUUCUGUGCGCAGCAAUGCAGAAGAUUGCCACCAACAGAAGGAUGACAGUCAAGUACAACCCGCCUUCCUCCUGCAUCCUGGAGAUCAGCGUGAAAGGCAUCAAGCUCUCAGUUCAGGAGGAUUAUUAUGCCUGCGACAGAAGUAACGAGUGCAAUCACUUCUUCCAGUUAAAGAACGUCUCCUUCUGCGGCUAUCACCCCAAAAACAGCAAGUAUUUUGGUUUCAUUACAAAGCACCCAGCAGACCAGAGAUUUGCCUGCCAUGUGUUUGUGUCUGAAAACUCCACAAAACCUCUUGCGGAGUCAGUAGGGAAAGCCUUCCAGUUGUACUAUAAAGAGUUUGUGGAGGUCUCGUGCCCUACAGAGGACAUCUACCUGGAAUGACCCUGCCCUGCCUUCAACCACAGCCCUGUACAGUACACUGUAUCAUAACAUAAUGUUGCAUGAAGGACAGACAUAUCUAAAAUAAUAAUUAAAAAGUUUUUAAAAAAAAAGAAAAAAUUAAAAAUUAACACAUCUGACAGGCAAGCGUGACAAGAAAGAUCAGGUACUGGAACUGUGGUGCAGCGAGAAGAGAUGGAAAUGAGCCAAAGCAGGAGCGCCUUGAGCAAGGAAAAUAUGCAAAAUGGAGUCAGUGAAGCGGCUGUACUCACAGGCUGCCCGUGGAAAGCACAAACACUGUACCACCGCAGCCUUGGCAGCGCUAGUUAGCCUGUAAGCAUCAUCCCGACUGAAAGCCCAGGAGCCGUACUGGACUGCACCAGCGUGUACUUGCACUUAUCAAAAGUAAACCAGUGGCUGGGAUUUGGAAAAACACAACGAGUCUGCUAUGACUUUAAAACAUGUGUAUAUUUACUAAAUAACAUCCUCACACUGAAAAUGUAUACAAGUAAACUAAAUCCACGUAGGAACAGUGUAUAUCGCCCUUUUAGCACACCGGAUAGGAUGGUGAUAUCCACCAGCAGUAACAAAAAAAAAAGUCCACCCUACGACAGCUAAACGUGGUGUUCUUUGCAUUUUGGGGUCCCUGUUAGACGUAUAUCGAUUCUCAACAAUUUCAUCGGCCGUCUGACAGCCGAAAAUGGAAUAGCCAUCCAAAAAAAAAAAAAAAACGUCAACACUAAAUCACAAAUAGCUCCUGGAAUGCACUCAACAUCACUCGGCCAUGACGGAAACACAGUAUGAGGGUGUACUAGCGUGGAUUUUUACUCUUAGACAUUUUAGCAGCUUCUAUUGGUCCCGUAGCGCUCAGCUAAACAACCCCCACCCUUUGCCCAGCAAACCCUUAGCCCGUAACUCCUGGUCUAAUGGGAGACACACUGCGCUUCUUUUCUGUGUGUUCUAACUAGGUAUAAAAUCAGUGACUCAGACGUUUAAUACCAGGAAGAAGAAGAAGAAGAAAAAAAAAAAACAUCUGGCUGUGGCUCUUCGACGGUACAAGACGAGUUCCAACAGACAAAAUCUCCUUCGUGUGGUGUUUUAGAAACUUGCUCCUUGUGGUUUUUUCCACAUCAGACAUAUAUGAAAUGCUCUCAGCGUGGCGGUGGUUACAUAAUAAAGGCUGAUCCUUGGUACACAGCAGGAUACAGGUGCUGACAGGGGAGCUAAAGUGAAACUCUGGUGUCUUCAUAUCUUCACUAGUAGUGCCUCUUUUUCAUCAGAUCAUUGUGACCUUCCUCGGUGGACAUUGUCACGACAUUUUGAGGGAUUGCCAUUUGAGUGCGUGUUGAGUUGAAGAGUUUGAAUGCGAAUAGUGAUGUAGGAAUGUGUUUGAUGUGACUUGCGAAAUGAGCUGUACUGUACCUGUGCUGUCAGAGGUUCAUCAGUUUCAGCACGGCCAACACAGAGCUUUAUGUCUACCGAGUAUACGCCAGGGACGCACAAUGUCGGGUUUCUACCUGUAUUUUUCUACUCAUUUUGGCUGAUUGGAACUGCCGAUACGGAUAUAGGCACUUACUGCAUUUUCCACCUAAUUGCAGAGAUGUUGUGGAAUUGCUUCAUUAAUCCAACGGCCCACUAGCAGAUACAGUAAUCCUUCAAAGGUAGGCCUACACGGUUGGUUGAACUCAUUUGCUCGUUGUUCAUCACCGUCAGCUGCUCCUCCGCCUUCCUCUAAAUAUAUGUACAGUUACGACAUCUCUGCGGUUUCCAGAAACAUAGCCCUUGCUUACGUUUAGCCUGGCGAUUGAGUCACGCUAUUGUGCCCUUAUCAUCACACAUUUUCUCAAAACUAAGAAACUAAGAAUCUGCAUCAGUGAAAUGAAGCUAGUGGGACCAGUCACCCCAAAAGUGUUGCACCGUAUCACCCCAGACCAACCCGAUACGCUGGCGAAUGAUCAUUACACAAAACCAAAGGACUGCCAAAUCUUCGUUUGAACCACCCUGAGUCCAGCACAGGUACAGCACGGCUGUUCUGCAGUGAAAGAAAGACAAGUGUGCUUCCUACAUCAUGUGUCACUAACACUGAUUUGUAACAGUAACGAACUAUUUUAUGUGAUUAUAUUCAACAGAAAAUAAUAUGUCUGUAAAUGGAAGAUUAUUAUAAGGAUGAGAAAAUUGUUGAUUCAGGCAUCUCACCAGUCCCCCAAGGUUUGUUCCUUUAAAAAAAAAAAAAAAAAAAUGUAUCUCUCACGAGACGGUCGUCCGCUGUCGCUGAUCAAAGCCAUCGUGUUCACAUCAAGAGAUCAACACUGACUUUUAUAUGAGUUCACUUCUCAAGAGCCAAUCAGGCAGACAGGAGCAAAAUGUAAAGUAAUGGAGUCUAUACAAAGGGUGUAUAGAUAUGCCAUAUAUAAAUAAAUAAUUUAAUAUCUGUAAUUAUAAAUAUGACACUGUAUUGACUGAACUUGUAGUAUGUGAAAUUUCUCUUUAUUUUGGACCUUUUUUAGGUGUGAAUUAUUCUUUAUUUAAAAAUUUUAAUGCAGA